AUGAACCCGAGAGAGUACCCGAAGACAAGGCAUCCGAUGCACACAAAGAAGUUGUCCGACACUUCCGGCAGCCCCUCCAUCAAGGGCAGUGAUGCCAUCUCACCUCCGACAGCACAUCCGAAGGCUGGAGAAAACUCGUUGUACCGCGUCAAUCCGGGAUACAAUGUCAUCCUAUCUCUGUCCAUUCGGCAGCAACCUCACUUCGACGUAUUUAAAACUGCCUACUCCUACAAGUUGACAGUCAUUAAUCUCGAGAAGUGCCUUCGCUUGGGCACAUGA